CAACCUAAAGUGGUUUUUAACCUAAAGUGUUUCUUAAUCAUUUUGGGAAUGUCUGGGCACGCAGUUUAAUGUUUACUUCUCCGUCACGCCCUGUCUGCAAUGAGAGCGACGGAACACGACAAAUAUAAAGGAAAGUGCGCGCGCUUUCAGUGUAGCUUCACAUCUUUAUUGAUUAUAACGCGUUGUGUCGCGUCGCACGCCUGCAGUAGACGCGCUGUCAGGAGUCGUGCCUAGACAUGGCAGAAGUGCCUUCAUCAGCCGCGGUGAGAGGGCGGGAACGCGCUCAUUUCUGAGGAGGGUUUAAACGGUUCGUGUCAACCUUCUUUAGUCUGAAGUCCUUUCUCAAAUGGACCCGCUCCGCUUCGUCAGGCUGCUGGCGCUGUGCGCGUGCCUGUGGCCAACCUGCACGCGCGGCUCAGUGUCGGACUGCUGCGAGGGAGACCUGCUGCUCCUGCUCGACUCCUCCGGAAGCAUCAAAUCCUACGAGUUUUUUCGGCUGCAGAAAUUCCUGUCGGAGCUUCUGCAGCCGUUUCUGCUGGGUCGAGGGCAGGUGAGGGUGGCGCUCGUGCAGGUAGGGACGGAGCCCAGACUCGAGUUCGGCCUGGACACCUACGACACCCAGAGCGGCCUGCAGGACGCGCUGUCGAGCAUGAAGCAGCUGUGUGGAGACACCAACACAGAGCAAGCACUGCAGUUGUUCCAGAGUUUGCUGAGUAACGAUUCUCACCCCGAAGCCCCGCCCAGAGUCCUCCUCUGGCUCACGGACGGGGUGGGGCUAGGAGCGAUAGACAGACCAAUGGCAGCGCUGCAGCGAAUGGGCGUGUCUGUACUGGCCCUUUCAAUGGGGAAUGGAAACUACCAACUGCUGAGGCGUGUGGUGACUCCACCCAUCGAGAAACACCUGUAUUUUGUGGACAUUGAUUACAUCAGCUCCGUCACUGAGGACCUGACGGAGGCUCUCAUAGAUCUGAUCCGCGCCGAGCGUCUGCAGGUGCGUGACCUUCGCUCCAGAAGUGCUGUUCUGCAGUGGCGGCCGGUGCUCAGCGGAGGUCUGGGAAACUACAGCCUUCACUACAAGCCCGACCCGUCAGACGGCACGGCAGCAUCCAUCAGCAUCGGCCCCGGCAGUAAUCUCACUCUUCCAGGCGACUUCAGCUGGGCCGAACUCACCAACCUGCAGCCCGACACCAGCUACACGGCCUGGCUCGUUCCCGAGAACAACAUUCGCUACAUGAAAACGCUCAGCGUGAGCUUCAGGACCCUGCCCGAGCGGUUCGGUCCGGCGACCGUGAUGGUGUCGGAUUCGGGUCCGGAUGGCUUGCGUGUGAGCUGGAGUCCGGUCCAGCCUGAGCAGGUCCAGCAGUACCGCGUGGAGUACGGAGAGAUUCCCAUCGGUCCGGUCCGGAAUGUGACCCUGCCCUCCUACCAGAGCUCCGCCCUCCUCACUCAGCUCCUCCCAGACACUGAGUACCUGAUCACCGUCACUGCGCUGCACUCCUCCGGCCAGCAGAGGGCGAUGUCUGUCCGAGGCUGCACACGAGAAGAUCUCCCGCCGCUCGCUGACCUGAAGUUGACCCCUGUGGGGCGGGGCUCGGUGCAGGUUGAUUGGCAGGGACAGGGGGCGGGGCUUCUGGGCUACUGGGUGAGCUGGAAGAGAGAAGAUCAGCCUUCGUCCUCCUCUUCCUCGCUGUUCCUGCCGCCACACUCACUGUCCACACGGCUGACGGAGCUGGGCCGCGGCAGCCGCGUGUGUGUGUCGCCGGUGUACCUCAGCGCGCGCGGGGAGGGGCUCUGCUGCACGGCGCACGCUUAAACUGACCCGAGCUCAGUGUUUAAAGAACUUUCAGAACAGGGUUUCUCUGACAACUGCACAGGAAGUGGAUUCCAAACUGAACUGACUGUCCUUACGCAGCUGAAACUGUUCCUCUGGCUAACAAAAAUAAUAAUUCAAAUAAGUGUAAGAAAUUCAUGAUUGACCUCAUGCAGUCACAUCCUGACACCUGAAAGCUGAUUACACAAUGUGUUUCUGUGUUAGAUCUGUGUGUUGUGAGUCAUAGUUUAUGUGUGUUUACUGCCACCUAGCGAGCGUAAAACAACAUCAUCACACUGAACUUUCCCGCUGGAUUGAUUAUGACGGAGAUGAACUGCAAUAUUAGAACUGCAAAUAAAGAACCUUUUAAAUCA